GUAACGCGUUGUCCGGCGACUACAGUCUAAUCCUUUCAAGAUAGGUUCUAACAAUCAUUUAGUAAUACAGCAAUGCGUAUGCAAUCGUAGACGGGAACGCCCUCGAAACCUUCAGUGUCACCCCUGUGCACGAGAUAACAUCAUUCAUGAUGGCGGAGAAUACAGAUGCUGCGUUCGUCAACGACAACGACCUCGAUCGAACCUUUCGUCCACGCUCCAAGUCGUCAAGAUCGAACUCGAGGGUACCACUCCUUAUCCAUAGCAAACCGGGCAACUCUGGCGCAAGUUCGCCCGGACUUGACACCGACGACGAGAACACACGGCUUCUAAACCCUACACCGAUCGACUAUCGGAGCUCAGACAACAACGCGGGUGAGAAUGAGGAACCAGAGUGGUACCGUGAGUUUGAAGGGCUGCCCUGGUGGAAACGACCUUCAAUAUACUGGCUCUUGCCACCCUUCCUUCUGUUUACAAUAGCCUUUGGCGGUGUUGUGGUGCCCAAGAUUAACCUGAUUAUGGACCUGGUCUGCGAGGAAUACUAUGCGUCGCUGGACGGCAACGGCGACCCAAUCUCAGGGCCCAUGGAUCCAGGCACAGACAGGUGUCAGAAUGACGCCGUAUCCUCUCGAUCCUCGCUCUUCCUCUUGUACGGCAGUCUAUGCUCUGGCAUACUCACAGCUAUCAUCAGUCCUAAACUCGGUGCGCUAUCAGAUCGAUUCGGCAGGAAGACUUUCAUGAUCCUGAAUACAUCCGGUGCGCUGUUCGGCGAGGUCCUUACCAUCCUAGCCGCCAAGUUCCCUGAGACUGUUCACGUAAAUUGGAUCCUGGUUGGCUACGCCUUUGAGGGUCUAUCCGGCUCAUUCACCGUGGGCAUGGCCUUGGCGCACUCGUAUGCUAGUGACUGCGUGACGCCACAGAAAAGAAGCGUAGCGUUCGCCUACUUCCAUGCUGCCUUGUUCAGCGGCAUUGCGGUGGGACCUAUUGUGGCUGGUUACAUCAUUCAGGCGCGCAUGAAGUACACUAGCAAGAUCGAUGCUGUGAUCUUCAUUUUUUACCUGGCGUUGGCGGCUCACGGCCUCUUCAUCGCAUUCCUUGUCCUCUGCAUCCCCGAGUCGCUGAGCAAGUCACGCCAGGAAGCUGCACGGGAAAAGCACAGGGAAGAGAUGGAAAGGUUGGGCCCAGCAUCGGACUGGAUCAACCAACUACGACACAUCAACUUGUUCCGGCCCCUCAAGAUCCUCUGGCCUACAGGUCCGGGCUCUUCCUCUGCUGUUCGUUGGAACCUGCUGCUUCUCGCGGCAACAGACACCAUCAUGUCUGGCGUUGCCAUGGGAGCGAUGGGUGUCAUUCUUGUCUACAUGCGCCGCCAAUUCGACUGGCAAUCGCUCGAGUCCGGACGCUUCGUCAGCAUUGUCAACGGCUGCCGUGUUGUUGCUCUUCUUGGCUUCCUGCCCCUUCUCACCUGCCUCGUGCGUGGUAAGAAUGGUGCAAUGAAGCAGCGCCAGUCUGGUACCGACCUGUUUGAUCUGUCCAUUAUCCGUGCAGCCAUAUUCUUCGACACGUUGGGCUACAUUGGGUACGCUCUCGCACCCAGCGGAGUCUUCUUUACCCUCUCUGGUGUCAUCACCGCUGUUGGAGGAAUUGGACCGCCAGCACUUGGAGCUGCUCUGACGAAGCAUGUCCCCAACGACAAAGUGGGCCAACUACUUGGCGCGACUGGAUUGUUGCACGCCAUUGCCCGGGUUGUUGGACCAACCAUCUUCAAUGGUAUUUACAGUGCAACUGCCGCAGGCUACCGACAGACUGUGUUCGUUAUUCUGGCAUCGUUGUUCGGAUUGGCGUUUUUGUGUAGCUGGUUUGUACGACCCCACGUUUACCUAGAAGACGACACCGAGCCUUCCCCAACGCGCGAUUGCUCUGCAGAUGCAUAGCACGCAUCUUCUUUCCUGCUUGGGUUGAGACACAACCAAUUGCAUGACCCUUAGAUUCAACAAUACAUGGACAGCGACAGCGUUUUCGAGGAUGCACUUGCACACAACCUGUGGGGAUAAUUCCGAGUUUGAAGCGCAGCGUAAUGUACAUACAGCAUAGCCGAACACAUACAUAAUGAUCGAUUACCUGCGCACACAUACAGUCAGGCAUUGCGCAUUUCCAU